UAGCUAUUUAAGUUUUUAGUCGUUGAUGAAAAGUUGAAAUAAAAAAAAGGAAAGAAGAAUUUUUUUUGUAUUGGAUUUUUUUUUUUUUUUUAAACAAUAAUAAUGGAGGCGGUGCCUAUGGAAAGUUCAUUUUUUUCAUCGCCACUUUUAUAUCCCUUAUUGACAAUAGUGACAGUUUUAUUUGCCCUUUAUUAUUACACUGAAUCAACGCGUUUAGUUAAACUUGGAAAAAAAUUGCCUGGACCCCCAACGGUACCAUUUCUUGGCAAUGCCCUAAUAGCUGUUAAUGUAAAACCAAAAGAUGUUUUGAGUAAAAUUCUCGAGCUCGAUAUUUAUGGAAAUGUGGUUCGAGCAUUUUUAGGACCAAAACUUGUUGUUUUCCUCUCAGAUCCAAGGGAUGUUGAACUUAUACUCGGCAGUCAUGUUCAUAUUGACAAAUCACCGGAGUACAGAUUCUUCAAGCCCUGGUUAGGCGAGGGUCUAUUGAUAAGUACAGGAGAAAAAUGGAGGACGCACAGAAAAAUAAUUGCCCCCGCAUUUCAUUUGAAUGUUCUGCGAUCAUUUGUCCCCUAUUUCUAUGAAAAUAGUCGUGAUCUUGUUAUGAGAUUGAAGAAAGAGGCUGGAAAUGAAUUUGAUGUUCAUGAUUAUAUGUCAAGUAUCACUGUUGAUAUUCUAUUGGAGACUGCAAUGGGUCUUCGAGGUGAAAAUAAGGAAAAAAGUGGUUUCGAUUACGCCAUGGCAGUUAUGAAAUUGUGUCAAAUUAUUCAUCAACGACAUUAUGAUGUAUUAUUGAGGCUCGAUGCACUAUUUCAAUUUACAAAUUUCGCCAAACAAGAGGUGAAAUUAUUGAAUACAAUUCAUGGCCUCACUUCACGUGUUAUUCGUAAACGUAAAGCCGAAUACGCCGCCAAAGGACAACUCUCACUUGCCGAGAAGGAGAAGCAAAAGGAGGAGGAACUCAAGAAAAUUAUCGAAAAUGUUAAGGCAGAUGAGAAAAAAUCGACUUACACAAAUUUGCAUUAUGUGCGUGAUGAUUUGGAUGAAAUUGACGAAAAUGACGUUGGUGAGAAAAAAAGAUUAGCCUUCUUGGACUGCCUGCUGGAAGUGUCAAGAGGUGAUGGUCCAAAAUUAAGUGAGGCGGAAGUGGAAGAGGAAGUGAACACAAUUAUGUUUGAGGGUCACGAUACAACAGCGUCUGGGUCCAGUUUUGCCCUUUGUGUCCUCGCAGCUCGUCAGGAUAUUCAAGACAAAGUUUAUGAGGAAAUAAAUGAGAUCUUCAAUGGGUCUGAUAGACCGUGCACCUUCCAGGACACAAUUGAAAUGAAAUAUUUGGAAAGAGUAAUUUUAGAAACUCUCCGAUUAUAUCCACCUGUACCUGCAAUUGCAAGACAACUCAAUCAAGACGUAAAACUUGCUUCUGGAGAUUAUACAGUACCAAAGGGAUGUACAGUUGUUAUUGCACAAUAUAAAAUACAUCGUUUAGAAGAAUAUUAUCCAAAUCCUGAAGAAUUCAAUCCGGACAAUUUUUUGCCCGAAAAAAUGCAAAAUCGUCAUUAUUAUUCCUAUAUUCCAUUCAGCGCUGGUCCCAGAUCCUGCGUUGGAAGGAAAUUCGCAAUGCUAAAAUUGAAAGUAUUGCUCUCAACAAUUUUGCGGAAUUAUAAAAUUAAAUCAAACUUUUCCGAAAAGGACUUUAAAUUACAAGUUGACAUCAUUCUCAAAAGGUCAGAUGGAUUUAAAGUAUCUCUCGAACCACGAGUCAAAGCCAGUGCAUAGAUUAUAAUUUAAAUUAUUAUCUUACAUUUUAUUAUAAUAUUAUUAUUAUUAUUAUUAUUCAUAUAAAACAUAUAUUGUAUAUUUAUGGCAUUAAGUUUUUUCGAAAACAAAUAAAUAAAAAUCACAAUUUUACAAAACUUCAGUCGAAAUCAUUUAAAAUUUUUUUCUUUUUUCUCUUUUUAACAAAUUAACAUUUUAGAAUUAACGAUAGGUAUACAGUGUGUUAAUUGUAAUAUAUUAAUUAAAUUAAUAAAAUUUAUUGAUACCGCUAA